AAACAUUAACUCAAGAUCGAACCCUGCCACACAUAAAAGUCAUAUAUUUGUUUUCAUCAACAACAGUGUGAUUUAAUUUCUAAUAUUCUCAAAUUUAUUAAUUAAUCUUCCAUUCAACAGCACAAAUUGAACAUGAUUAAUGCAAUUGUUGUUUUUAAUAAUUACGGAAAGCCAAGACUAUCAAAAUUUUAUCAGUAUUUUACGAAUGAGGAGCAGCAACAAAUCAUUAACGAGACCUUUCACCUUGUAGCCAAACGUGACGAUCAAACAUGUAAUUUUCUAGAACUUCCAUCGACAUCCUUACUGUGCACAAAAUCGACUGAAAAUUGCAAGCUCAUAUAUAGACAUUAUGCCACAUUAUACUUUGUAUUUUGUGUUGAUGCAGCUGAAAGUGAAUUAGGAAUUUUGGACUUAAUACAAGUUUUUGUUGAAUCUUUAGAUCGCUCAUUUUCAAAUGUCUGUGAAUUAGACUUAAUAUUCAAUAGUGAUAGCAUUCACUGGCUGUUAGACGAAAUCGUUCAAAGUGGAAUGGUUUUAGAAACAAACAUUAAUAAUAUUAUAAUGAAAUUUGAGGAACAAAAUAAGAUUGCUAAGGUAGAGACAUCGCCAGCAAGUGCGAAAGCCAAUUCAGCUGUUUCAGCUAUCAAGAACAUUAAUCUACCUCAGCUGAAGGAGAAAGUCAGAGAUUUGCCUAAUUCAUUUAAAGACUUGAAAUUUUGAUUGUGUCAAAUUUUAUUAAUUAUACUGAUUGAUGAGCUCUAUAUUAUUCAUGUUGCAUGUUGCAUUUAUUGAAUUUUUAAUGUUAAAAUGUAUCUUAAUUUCUAAAACAAAUCAAACAAUUGUCAUGUGAUUCAUAUUAAACGAUUCUAUUCGCUUCUA